GUGGCGGUAACGCACCGUACAGCCGAUUGCCAACCGCCAUCAAAGAAGAAGGAGGAAGUGAGUCUGAAUGAGGAGGCGAAUUUAACAGAAACAUGGAUGAUUUCCGCCCUGAAUCGCUGGGUUAAUAGAAACGUUUCAAUCAUCCUCAGAAGGAGAGAUAAAGGAUCUGUCGCUGCUGAGAGGAUCGUUUCUGAGCGGACUGCACCAGGAUGAGGAGUUUCUCCUCCCUCCUCUCUCCUCCCCCCUCUCCUCAUCCUGCCCACCUCCCCCUCGCAUCCUCCUCCUCCUCCUCUCUGACUGGCUGUCCUGAACUAGACUUGUCUGUCACACUAAGCCCCACCCGCAAAACUGGCCACUCGCAGCUGAAGCCCCACCCCCAAGGACAGACAAGAAGAAAGAGGGACACAGAGGUAUGUUUUGAAGAGUUGGUGGUCACCACGGUAACAACAGAGCCUUAUUUAACACUGAGCAGAGAUGCUCCGCCUCAGCAGCCAAUCAAAGGUCGGAGGAGGAGCAGAGGACGUCACCAUGGUAACCACAAUCUGACAUUUUACACUGACUGUCUGAAUAAAUAUAUACGACUGGCCACGUACCGUAGCAUUGGCCAGCUUCGACCAGGGUCCGACAACUAUAUGGCUGUGCUCCAUAGACUCUCAUUAGUGAAUGUAUCUCGCUCUCAGCUUCUCUUCACCUCACUGGUCAGUGUCGAUGUCAGCCGCAUGCUGCAGGAUAGGCUGGUUCUGGCCACGCCCCCCUGCUGUCAUUACAACAAGGCAACAGAUGGCCCCUCCGUCCUUCUCUUCAUGUCUUCUGACCUGCUGAGACAGAAGCCCCUCCCACCAGAGGAGGGGCCUUUCAACAGGCCCCACCCAUCAUCACGACCCACACACUUGACCUUUGACCUCUACAGACGACAGAGACGUUGGGAGGCCACACCCUGACGCACACUAGGGAGAGCUUGUGAUAGACUGUGAUGUCAUUGAAUAUAAUAAUUACCUAAUCAGUUUUAAAUUAUUGAAAUCUGUUUUUAUUCCAUGAAAGAGAAUAAAAUGUUUUUGUCUGAUUAAAAUGUUUUAAAACA